AUGAAGGUCACCACAGCUGCCCUGGUUGCUCUCCUCCUCGUGGCAACUUGCUCCCCGUCCGAGGCGCAUCUGGACGGUGUCCCCACCACCUGCUGCUUCAGCUACCAGCAACGCCCUGUUCCGCGGAGCCUGGUUGUCUCCACCUAUAUCACCAGCAGCAGCUGUGCCCAGCCAGGAGUGAUCCUGGUCACCAAGAAGAAGAGGGAGCUGUGUGCGGACCCCCAGGUGCCCUGGGUGCAGGCCCUUCUGAAGCACUUCCAGACUCCGAAGAACUGA